UACACAGGCACUGGCUGUCAGCAGACAGGCUCUGCAAGGAGCUUUUACCAGCAUUUUGCAUUGCUCACAUUGCCACUGAUGUGCUGCUAUCCAGACAGCCAGUUGCCCAUUUAGCCCAUACUGAGAGGGGUAUUGCUGCCUUUGUACAGGAGGAGUGAGAGCUCUAAUCUUCAGCCCUUAUCAGGUGACUCCCAUCCUAGGGUGCAGAGAGCAUGCAGCCAGCACAGGCAGCCAAUGGGGGGGCUCGCACCAUGGCCCCCCUGGACCACCAGCCUGCUGUCAAGACAGUGCUGGUUUAUAGGAAUGGAGACCCUUUUUUCCGUGGCCGCCGCAUGAUCAUCCACGAAAAACGAGUCGGGACCUUCGAAGUUUUCAUGAAGGAUGUGACAAGUGGGGUGCAAGCUCCCUUUGGGGCAGUCAGAAACAUUUACACCCCAAGAAAUGGGCACAAGGUGAAUGCCCUGGACGACCUGCACACCGGAGCAUGCUAUGUGGCAGGAGGGAGAGAAACUUUCAAAAAGAUGGACUAUUUGCAUAUUGGGGAGGUAAAGAAAAGGACCGUGGAUCCCAUGAGCCAGUCACCAACAGAAGAUGUAAAGCCAGUUUCUCAUAGCAGAAUCAAUGUUUCUGCAAGAUUUCGGAAAACUGUACACGAGCCAUGCACGGUUUUUUUAAUUGCAAAUGGAGACUUACUGAAUCCAGCCGUGCGUCUCUUGAUUCCCAGAAGAAUCAUUGAUCAGUGGGAACUAGUUCUUGCAAUGGCUACAGACAAAAUAAGACCCAGAAACGGAGCUGUGCACAGGUUAUACAACUUGGAAGGAACACUUAUCAAGGAUGGCUCAGAACUUGAGAAUGGGCAAUUUUAUGUGGCAGUUGGCAGGGAGCGGUUCAAAAAGCUUCCCUACUGUGAUCUGAUUUUUUCAAAGUCAAUGAGGAGGGCGCAUGGCUCUAAGGCGUCUUCUUUGCCUCCUAUAAAUGGAUUCCGGAAAUCAAAGGAAAAUAGAAAUGAACGUCAAACUAAAUCUACAGGUGGUUCCAGUGAUGCUGUAGAUAAUCUGAUAUCUCCUCAACCGCCUAAAGCAAAAGGAAAGAAACCCCAGGAGCCGCCAGUACCAAACAAACCUGUCCAAGUGAGACUGAACAAUGGCCAACUUGUCUCUGACGAUGCCUAUGAAGAGAAUGAUGAUGGCAUUUUCAAAGCUUCUGAAGACAGAUCAGAAAUGUGGGGGGCAACAGAAGUUCAGGAAGAUGAAAACACUAAAGUGGAGGUUCCGGUUGAUCAGAGAGUGGCUGAAACAGUAGAGGAAGAGGAGAAGAAUGAAGAAGAAAAUGAUGGUGCAGAUGUAGAUGAAGGAGAGGAAGAUGAAGUAGAUGAGCGAAAUAAUGACAAUCAUGAGAAUCAUCAUGGGGAUGAAGCUGAUGAAGCUGAAGAAGCGGUAGAAGCUGAGGAAGCUGAUGAAGCAGUAGAAGCUGAGGAAGCAGAGGAUCGUAGCAUGGCUGAAGACUCACUCCCAAGACCAACAUCAUCAAGACUUCUGGAAAAAGUAUCGACUCCCAACAAAACAGAGAAAAAUGAAUUUGUUACAGUAGCUUAGAAACAUGCAAGAAAUACAAUCUAUUGAACAAUGCUACCUUGAUACUUGAAUCUGCACAUUUUUUUUAUUAAGUCAUUGUAUACAAGCUAAGAUUUUAAGAUGCUGUUAGUUUUAAAUUAGUGUGUUUAUAUAUAUACACACACACACACACACAUAUUUGUAUAUGCAUAUUUACACGCAGAAAUGUUCUCUUCUAUUACACCUUUGCAUAUACUAAUGGAACAGUGCACUGUUUCUAAAAAAAAACUAAAUGGAAAAAAAAAGGAUUAUUUUGUAACUUUUAUGAAGAGUUUUAUUUUACAGGGCAGUUGUGUUACUCUAUUGAGGUAUUUAUUAGGGGCUUUUAUAUUGCCAGAUAUUUUUAGGAAACAUAUUUUGCCAAGCCAUAUCAUUGAUUAAAAAAAUGGAAACAUUGCACUAUUCCAUAUAAAAACCUUUCUAUUAUUUUAAUGUUUUCAGAAGCACGUGCGGCAUCUUCGUAUUUGUUGUUUUAGAUCCCACUUUAAUUUCAGUUAUAUAUGUCCAGAUACAGAUUCAUAUUGUAGAACUGCACUGAUGGAAACUCCAACAGAUGGAAUGUGUAAUUAUUAAUACCAGACGUUGGCUUUUUGUGAGUCCUCCGAGCGGUUUACCCAUAGAUAGACCAUUCAAUAGAAUAGAAAACUCUGUAUAUUUGACCACUCUCACAACUCAGGUAAUGCUACAACAUGCACAUUCCUAGCAGUUAACUUGGCAGGAGAUCUAGAAAUGAUGGAUCUUGACAAUAUUCAUGUUAGGUUUAUAGGAGAGUUGCUAUGACGCUCAUAGAUUAGUAAAUACCUUACACUGAUUAUUACCAUGUCUCAAUAAUUUUUCCAGUAGUUAGUCUGCACAGUAUGGUGCAGUACUUGUAGUAACAGGCUUAUAGACACAUUUGCAAUACUAUUCUGGUUUGUAUAUUGAGUACCUGUAGUAAUAGAGUUAUAGACACAUUUACAAUACUCUUAUUCUGAUUUUUAUAUUGUAAGACUAGGGCAGAUGGAAUCACCGGGGACAUUAGUUGGGAACUUACUAAGUUUGGCAUAAUUUAUGUCCAACUUGGCUCUGAGAAAUAGUGUAGAAUGCCAUGUUCUACUGAAAUAUAGCUCCUGGUAUGGGGUGUCAAACUAGAGAGCUAUUUUUGUAUAUUUGGCACAGGUCCUAUAAUGUUAAUUGUUAAAACAAUAUGUCUAUAGAUUACAGGCUAAUACUGUACAUAACCUAACACCACAUCUGGGACUUAUUUAGUACACAAGUACAUUUAGUUUGACUUCAUUUUAACAAUAACCAGUUGCUUUAGAAUUAUAUUAUCAGCUACAUAUGAGGAUACUGGCAGUGAUGUCAUACCAAUUAUAUAGUGGUGAUAAUAGCAUUCUAUGUCCUGUCCAACAUGUUGUUUACGGUAGUCACCAAAGUGAAUGCUCUAACAUUUAUAUAGCCUGGCGUCCUUGUAAAAUGUGUUAUGUAAUACUCAUUAAAUAGGAAUCGUUUCCGCACCGACUUAGGAAGACGAAUGUCAGAGAGGACUUAAAAAAUAGAAAUGAAUGUUAAAUGAUUCUAUCAAAGGAGUCCAGAAUUACAUUGUAACUUUCCCUCAAUAAUCUGUCCUUUUACUGAAAGUUAAAUAUUGCAGCAAUGAUGAUAAAAUGCAGAGAAUGUACUAGUGGAGAUUACUCUGUACUCUCAACAUGAAUACAAAAGAGACAAUUUGUAUCCAUCUGGGCAGAUUUAAUCUGACCUAUUUUGUUAAUGGCUCCGAAUGCAAGUGAUAUGAA